CAAAGCGGAGAUACACUCGAAAAUUCACGGUCCAAAGGAUAUGCGCUGUACGCACCCCCGCGCGCCUAAGAGAAGAGCCCAUCAUCGUUCUCAAGCAAGCAAGCAAACAAACGCAUUGUUAUGCUUUGUUUUGGUCUUUUUGUGACGCGGUCCCCGAGUCCACCAACUUCAGCCUUUAUUCUAGCGGAUUGAAGGGCAUGAGAAACCCUAAUUUUCACUCAUCUUCUUCUUCUUCUUCUUCUUCAUGUAUGUAAUUAUUUCGAGGUUCUUAUUGAUACCCUACUUUAACCUCUCUCAUGUCGUGAUUGUAUCCUGCGGAACUUCUGGCUCAAAAAAUUCCAACCUUUGUAUCACUCUUUCCUUUCCAUGGCCGUUUAUUUGACUAAUUUUGCCUCGGAAGGCAAAGCCUAGCUUCUUGUUUUUCAAAUCUGUAAUUUUUCUUUUUUAAACUAUCGUCCUGAUUGAUUGCUUAUUGAGAAGAGCAAGUCCUAUAGUUGCUGCUAGAUGUCGGUUGAGAGAUCGUUUGAAGCAUGGGAAGAGGUGCAACGACAUGGCCACGAUUUGGCGGAUCGGCUCGCGCAGGGUUUCAAUGGCUUGCUUCACUCUCACAUGAAUCCGUCGUCUUUCUCAUGGCCGAGUCCUCAGACGCCAAAGCUGUUUGAUGUUGAAUUCCCGACCCAGGGUUUCGGAAAAAGGGACUUCGGUCUAGCUACGGAUAAUUCGGGAAUUAAUGGAGUUUCUGCGAUCUUUGAUAUUGGCAAUAGGCUGGGGCAAGCCGGGGCAGAGUUUGGGGCUUGCUUGAAUGGAGUUGUCCAGCAGUUCUUCCGUAGGUUGCCUAUGCCAUUCCGACAAGAUGAGAGUGGCGUGGUGUCGCUCAGGGCGGAUUUGGAUUCUCGAAGAAGGGACGUGGUUGUGGAUGGGCAGAAGGCGGAUUUUGAAUCAUUGGCAGAACAGUUUAGGGAUUACGGAUUUGCAGAAGACAACUCUAUUCGCGAUGAAUUUAUGGAUGAGGAAAGUUUCGGCUUUAAUCUGAAAUCUUCUGGUCAUUUUGGAAAGUCUCAGGGGACCAUUAAUAUUACAUCAACAUAUGACAGUAGAACACAUGAUGUUGAAAGUUCUGUUGUUGCAAGGGGGGACUUGUGGAGAGUAGAGGCAUCGCAUGGGGGUUCCACUUCUGGAAAUGAGAAUUCCCCACUUUUCCUUGUUCAGCUUGGACCAGUCCUUUUUGUACGUGAUACAACACUUUUAUUGCCAGUUCAUCUAUCAAAGCAACACUUGCUUUGGUAUGGUUAUGAUCGGAAGAAUGGAAUGCAUUCUCUCUGUCCAGCUGUGUGGUCAAAGCAUAGAAGGUGGCUGUUGAUGUCAAUGAUUUGUCUCAACCCAUUGGCUUGUUCCUUCAUGGAUUUGCAGUUUCCAAAUGGGCAGUUUACCUAUGUAGCUGGUGAAGGGCUAACUUCAAGUGCUUUUCUACCUGUUUUUGGUGGACUGCUUCAAGCUCAAGGUCAAUACCCAGGGGAAAUGAGAUUUAGCUACUCUUGCAAGAACAAGUGGGGAACGUGCAUUACACCGAUGGUGCAGUGGCCUGAUAAAUCCUUUUCCCUUGGCCUUUCACAAGCUUUAGCUUGGAAGAGAUCUGGUCUCAUGAUGAGACCAACUGUCCAAUUAAGCAUAUGCCCCACUUUUGGUGGAAGCAAUCCUGGGUUGCAGGCAGAGGUCAUUCACACUGUGAAGGACAAACUGAAUUUAAUCUGUGGCUGUGCAUAUGCAUCUUAUCCUUCUGCUUUUGCAUCAAUAUCUCUUGGCAGGUCGAAGUGGAAUGGGAAUAUUGGGAGCUCUGGUGUAGUUUUUAGAGUUGAAACCCCUCUCAGCAAUGUUGGCAGACCCUCGUUCUCUAUUCAAUUAAAUAGUGGCAUAGAGUUCUGAUCCUUCUAUACAUGCUGUACAUAUGCAAUUAUAAAUAGCCAAGCUCUUGACUGUAUCAUAUUACUUGUGAAUAUUCUCGCUGUAACCCUUAAAAACAUUUUCUUUUCUAUUUUAAAGUUCUAAUUGUUCAUUAUUUUCUUUGUUUGGAGUUGAGCUUGAAUCUUGGAAAACUAGGCAAGUGGUUUAACACCACGUACGAAAAGGAGCUGUUAUAUUUUUGCACCUUUCGCCUGCU